AUGUCUGAGAAGAAUUAUAUUCUGGGUAUGGACAUUGGCACAACUUCAGUGAAAGUAUGUAUUUAUGAUCCUAACAUAAAGGAAAUAGUGGCUAAACAGAAUAAGGACACUGCAGCUAAUAUACCAAGUGACCAGGGUAUUGAAGGCAACAAACAAGACGUUCCAAAAAUAGUAUCAGCUGUUCAUUAUUGCAUCUCCCGUCUACCAAGAGAUUUAUUGCGGCAUGUCGCUAAAAUUGGGAUUUGUGGACAAAUGCACGGAGUGGUGUUAUGGAAGAAAGGUGCUUGGGAAACAGUAGAGAAAGAAGGAGUUGUGAUGCGGUUUGAGGCAAAAAGAGAGAAUAUGUCAGCUCUGUAUACCUGGCAAGAUACAAGAUGUAAACCUGAAUUUUUAGACACACUACCAAAACCAGAAUCUCAACAAAAAUGUUAUUCUGGAUAUGGUUGCGCAACUCUCUUGUGGAUGGUGCAACAUAAGCCUGAAAAACUGAAACAGUUCCAAUAUUCAGGAACAGUUCAAGAUUUUAUUGUGACUAUGCUAUGUGACAUAGAAACACCAGUAAUGUCAGACCAAAAUGCUGCAAGCUGGGGCUACUUUAACACAGAAAAGAACGAAUGGAAUGUUGAUAUCUUGAAAGAUGUUAACUUUCCAAUUAAUCUACUACCAUCAGUUCUUAAAAGUGGACAAUUCGCUGGAAAGUUAAGUGUACCUUGGAACGGAAUACCAGAAGGUACACCAGUAAGUGUAGCAAUGGGUGACCUUCAAUGUUCAAUAAGAGCUACUCUCGAAAGUAAACAAGAUGCUGUGUUGAACAUAUCGACUUCAGCGCAACUUGCUUUUGUUGUAAGCAGCAUUUCGGACUUGGAGUGUAAAACAAUUGAACAUUUACCAUAUUUUGAUAAUACCUAUUUAGUAGUCGCUGCAUCUUUAAACGGAGGUAAUGUACUGGCCACGUUCGUUAAAAUGAUUCAACAGUGGAUGCUCGAUUUAGGGUUUCCAACACCUCAAGCUAAAGUAUGGGAAAAACUGAUUUCUCUAGGAUUAGAAGCUCAAACGUCUUCUAUGAAAAUAGUUCCUCAUUUACUUGGCGAAAGGCAUUCGCCAACAGCAAAAGCGUCGGUAGAAAAUAUUGAUCUCUCUAAUAUACAACUCGGAAGCGUAUUUAAAUCUCUUUGUGAUAGUUUGAUAGAAAAUUUGCAUAACAUGAUGCCUAAAGAAGUAUUGCAGAAAACAGAAGUAAAGAGAAUUGUAGGAAAUGGUUCCGGACUUUCAAGGAAUGCUGUUCUACAGAGAGCAGUUGAGCAUUACUACAGUUUGCCGUUAGAAUUUACGUCAGGAGGCGAUGCGGCAAAAGGUGCAGCUAUAGCAAUUAUGUAG